AUGACGACUGCUUGUGUCAUAAUCCAAGAUUUUAUUCUGUUUUAUGAAUUGAUGAAGUCACUGGCGUAUCAAUCCACUUUGGGAUGCGACAACGCGUUUAAUGCAAUUUGUAACCGUUGGGUUUUGGAACGCGUGUUGGCCCAUACAAUCACUUGCGGAUCCAGCCGAUAUGUCAGCAUUCAGUUGGACACUAUGGGCGAAGACUCCGACACGACUACGACUACAGCUGGCGACAGGCGCUCGGCACGGAUUCACAGCACUGGUUCCUCUAUUGACUCUGAAACAGGUCAUCACAAACGGCGACUAAUGCCGAUGAUGUAUCAAAUGUACGAGAGCCAGUACGAAGAUUUGCGAGGUACGAUUUAUGGCCCCGAUAGUCCGGAUUUUCACCCAGCGCAAGCAAGUGAGACGUUGCGGAAAGCUUUAAGUGGAAUGGAUACCAAAGAUCAAAUUGUCAUUAAUACACUUUUGUACCACAACAACUUCCAACGACAGAAGAUCCUCAGUGCGUACGAGGACAUGUAUGGGAGGAAACUGAUUGACGAUCUGGAAGAGGAAACAGGGGGAUAUUUUCUCGAAAUGUCUCAAGCUCUAUUCAAACCAGCCCCACAAUAUGAUACUAUGAACCUGCAUAGAUCGCUUUCGAAUCGUUAUGCUGAUCGCUCCGUGGCCAUAGAAAUCGCUUGUACAAGGUCUGCCCGACAAUUACGAGUGAUCCGCGAAACUUACCUGAACGACUACAAAAAGAGCUUAGAGAAAGACAUCGCAAUUAAGGUUGAAGGCACAGUUGGACGCAUGUUGACGUUAUUGCUGUGCAAAUCUAGAAAUGAAGAUGGAAAAAGAGACGACCAGCUGGUAGAAACGCAUGCAAAGAUGCUUGUUAAUAAUUCGAUCGACGAAAUUGCUAAGAACUUGACCCUUUUCGAACAAAUAUUUGUCGGGAACUCGUGGAAGCACAUUGGAGCUGUUUUCGAUCGUGUAGACGAACUUCGAAACGGUGAAAGGGAUAUCGAGACUUUGAUACGAAAAAACAAAAUGUUACAUUCGGAAAUUCGCCAGAUUUUCCUCACAAUUAUUCGUGUGUCUAGAAAUAUGCAAUUAUUCUUCGCUGAAUUGUUGAGAGCAGCGAUGACAGGCGAAAGACCAGAUCAUCAGACGAUUAUUCGUAUUACGGUCAGCCGUAGUGAGAUCGAUCUCUACGAUAUUGGCGAGGAGUAUAAACGGAAAUACAACCGAUCACUCGAAUACGAUAUUCAGCAGACAUGCAGCGGAGACUACAUGCGUCUGGUUUCAGCAUUACUGUCAGCCAGCAGUAAUAAUAACAACAACAUUAUGUAG